UUUGCUAUUAGUAAUGUGUCCUGUUAAAAUAAAACCAUAUUUUGUAGAACCUUCCAUAUUUUGCUCCGGAAAUUGUGAUAAUUGAAAAUAAAGUUCAGAAAUAUGGGAGACUACGUGCGCCCGAGUAAGAUAAAGUUGUCCCCGGGAAACAAGCAAGCUCCCCCCAAUGUCGGUAUAAACCAAGAGUCUGUCUCAUCCAUCGUCCCACCCACGGUACCACCCAAGACACCUCACUCGACACUGAUUUUAAGCCAUCUAAACACACUGAAAACCAACAGGAGAUACUUUGCUGGAAUAAUGCUAAACACAGAAGAUGAGGGUGGGUUUUUGACAUUUUAACCGCUGUUACGACGAAACAAUUCUCAUGCUUAAAAAUGAAUUAGAUGAGGAAUUCGAAUAUCCUGGGAUUAACGUCCCUCGGAGGUCGGAGAGGUAUGGCCCUGCCUCGCUAGUUCAACCCUUGGGCAAGUCUUCCUCUGUCAAGUCUCUUAUUGAAUUGAUGGACGAAACCUCCAGCCUCAGCUGUCUCGAUCGUUUCCUUUUUAAGUUUUGCAAGCCAUGUCAACCCACAAAAUCAUUUCACCACUCGGCCGAAGGGAUUAAGACCUAUAUGAACGCAUUGGACACCGAAUGGAGUCCGAUUCUGGCAUUGUUCGAGUGGCCCAAACUGCCAGGAGGCCAACAUAAGAAGGCUCGCGGAUUUAAUUACGUUACGCACUCUAUUUGGAUACUUGCAUAUGCUGCGGGAACAGCAUCGAGCAGUGACAACGACAAGGAAGAGUUUUAUCGGGAAUGUUUCGAGAAUAUGCUUUUGCAAGCGGAAAUGAUUGGAAUUUUGCUUCAAAACUUUGUGUCACCAGUGAAUGAACUGGAGAAAUUGUUACAACCCUUGGAUGAUUUGACGACACUAAUGGACGUGAAAUUGAUGACUCCAGUUUAUUUCGGAGUCGACGCUGGUGAAAUUUUUGACGAAGCCAUCAUUCCUGACUCCCGGCGGUACAAGAUGCGUGACUACAUCAAGCUCAAAAUUUACACAAGGGAUGUUCAAGACAUGGAAUGGGUAGAGUUUCAUGACUUAAGGUUUCGCGAUCAAAUGACACGUGUACAGAAUGGCCUCACGGAUAUCGUAGUUAAGCUGAAAAUGAUUUUGGGAGCGAUGCCAUCCGUGCUAAAAUUGAUCAAGAGUGCUAGUGGCAAGAAAAGCAGAGGUCUUCCCGUCCUUUUGCCUCACAUGAUUCGAAUGAGAAAUAGCCUCAACACUUUGCUUCAAUCCGCAAAGCUUUCCCCAGAUAAUAGCAAGAUGAUGAGAUCAAUAUUUAUAAAGACUCAGCAAAAUGUACAGAGCGUUAUUGAACAAGCGGUAUUUUCAAUGACAAACAUUUGGGAAGUUAUUUUGAUGACGAGACUGGCCUACAACUAUGUCGCCACAUCAGCCAUGUCAAAUGGUUCCAUGAGUUCUCUCGAGGAAGUUAUAAAACGCCUUUCUAACAGCGACAAGCGAUUAUCGCCGAAUGUCGACUACAAAUGGAAGCAGUUCUAUGACGUUAAUUGUGCCUCGUUGCUGAGAAAAGUGCCAGUUAUUGUUAGAAAUAGUGUGGAAAUGGCUAUUCAUUUGGACGGCUUCAGCAACCCAGAAGCUCAAAUUCCAUCCAAGAAAAGUUUAUACACGCGUCAAAGUCAACAAAUUGAUACGCCCAUGGUUUUACCGAUCAAACAAUUAUUACAGAAGACGCCUGCGUCUGAACCAACUAUUUCACAUAAACCUAAAGUAAUAAUAAAUGUGUAA